UAUUGGUACAUAUACUUGACAGUAAUGACAAUCCUCCGGUCUUUAGUCAGCCAAUCUACAAGACGUCUAUAUCUGAAAAUGCGAAGAAUGGCUCGUUGCUUGCAGUUGUAAGUGCCAGCGAUGCUGACAAAGGAUCGAAUGCUCAAGUGUUAUAUUCAAUUACUCAUAAUAACGACGGCAUGGAGAAGAUGUUUAAGGUUAAUAAAUUAACAGGAGAAAUUACACUAACUGGCCAAUUAGACUAUGAGAGGCUGAAACAUUAUCAGCUGAAUGUCCAGGUUAGUGACGGGGGUGGACUUAUUAACAACGCACAUUUAAUUAUUGAUGUUAUAGAUGUGAAUGAUAACACUCCAACGAUAGCUUUGAUGUCAUCUUCUGACACCGUGGCAGAAAAUGCAAUUCCGGGAACAAUUAUAGCUGUAUUAAAAGUGCACGAUUCAGACUCAGGCAAUAACGGCAGAGUGGUUUGUUCAAUCAAUGAUGACGUCCCAUUUAAAAUAACAUCAUCAUCAAAUAAUUUCUAUAGCCUGCAGACGGAUGCUUUGUUAGAUCGUGAAAAAAAUCCAGAAUAUAAUAUCACUAUCACUGCCACUGAUCAGGGUACAGCUCCUCUAUCUAAAAAUUUGACUUUCAUGCUGAAAGUGACAGAUGUGAAUGACAACAUGCCCAUCUUUGAGCAGACCGCAUAUGAGGCUUUUCUUACUGAAAAUAAUUCACCCGGGCUCUCCAUUUUGUCUUUAUGGGCAAGAGACGCAGACUGGAAACAGAAUGCCCGUGUCUCUUAUGUUUUAGAAGAAUCGUCAGUUAAUGGGUUUUCUGUGUCAUUAUAUGUGUCCGUUAACUCUGAAAGUGGAGUGAUUCAAGCUGUGCGCUCGUUCGACUAUGAGCAGAUCAAGGAUUUCCAGUUCUGCGUAAAAGCGCAAGACGGUGGCACCCCUUCUCUGAGCAGUAAUGUUACUGUGAAAAUAAUCAUCCAAGAUCAGAAUGAUAACGCUCCUCAGAUUCUCUACCCAGUACAGACCAGUAGCUCUCUGGUGGCUGAAAUGGUGCCUCGUUCAGCAGAUGUGGGCUAUCUUGUCACUAAAGUGGUGGCUGUUGAUGUGGACUCUGGACAGAAUGCCUGGCUCUCAUAUAAACUGCAGAAAGCGACAGACAGGGCGCUGUUUGAAGUGGGCUUACAGAAUGGAGAAAUAAGAACUGUACGUCAAGUCACUGAUAAAGAUGCUGUGAAACAAAAGCUCACUGUUGUAGUGGAGGACAACGGGCAGCCCUCUCGAUCAGCUACAGUUAAUGUGAACGUGGUGGUGGCGGACAGCUUCCCUGAAGUCCUCUCAGAAUACCCUGACUUUACAGACAACAAGGAUUACAAUGAUAACUUAACUUUGUAUCUGGUGUUGGCCUUGGCUGUCGUGUCUUUUCUUUUCAUCUCGUGUGUGGUAGUUAUUAUAUCAGUUAAGAUCUACAGGUGGAGAACAUUUCGCAACUUCCACGCCUCCAAUCUCCCAGUUAUUCCAUAUUAUUCACCCCGGUAUGCCGACGCCGGAGGAACAGGGACUCUGCAACACGUGUACAACUAUGAGGUGUGCAUGACGACUGAUUCGAGGAAGAGUGACUGUACAUUUCCCAGUCCUUUAAAUCAGAGCGUUUUAAUAAUGGACGCGAGCUCCUCUGAGACUUUACGGCGUGCACAAAGAGAGAAAGACUUCCUAGACGAACCAGGUUCUCCUGAAGAGCACUGCCAUUGCUGGACAGCUACGCGGACCAGUCCUGCAGCAUCUUGCAAAUGCGCUUUCAUAGGGAAUACACUGCAAAACGUAUUUUACAUUGACCGAAUGGUUGCACAUGGGUAA